CAAAGAGAGUGACAGAGGGGAGGAGGACUGUAACUCCGCCUCCGGACUCGAUCAUCUCACAUUCCUUAUUCACAGCCCCUCGCGUUAGAGAAUAAAGAGAAAGAGAUACGAAGGGCACACGAUUAAGGAGAGCAAAACGACCAUGGCAAUAUUCAAAACGUCUGAGCUUGACAUAUCUGAUCAUAGCGCAUCUCUAAAGUCGACUUGGGCAUGGAGCACUCGCGCCAUACACAGAGUUCAGCAGCUGAAUGACGUUGCACCUGAGGACAAAAUGAGGGUGAUCUUCAUCCAGAACGCCGGUUUCGUCGCUGCUUUCUCGGGAGGCAAUGACGCUGAAGGUUUCGCCUGUUAGUUUAGAGUUGACGAUGUUGGCAGCACUUUCACGGUAGAUUAUGUGAACGACCUAGAAUAAACGAAAGACUGCGAGAUAGACAAUGCCAGUUACUAUACGGAUAACGAGAAUAGAAUAGCCCGAUGUUUUAAUUAACCUAAAUAUGUUUUCUUUUUGGAUUGCUCAAUUUUGAGCACCAUUGUCUAUACCCGAAGAGACAUCAAUCGAAAGUGGAUUCAGCUUCUGACAUGCAUUGGUCUGUCGAAUUCUGAAUACAUAUUCAGAGGACUGUUGCCCUAGAAUAUACCUUUAUAGUUAGACAUACAUAAUAUACAUUGCAUUAUGUAUCAGACGCGUCAAGAUAGAUGAUGUUUCCUUUGUAAUAUUUAGCUUUUUUAUUUAAUCAUAUAAUAAUGACUCACUCUUAUAAGGCGACAAAUGGAUGAAUAGAUGUGGAGAGAAUUCUUUGAUCAGAAAAAAAUGAACAAAGGCAGUGAUCAUUAGACAAUCGGAAUAAUGUAUACGUUUAUUAAUAUAAUAUUUUCGCAUUGUUCCUUGUAAUUUAUUGUAUUUAUUACGACUAUUAUUAGGCCUAUAAUAAAGUAUUACUAUAAUAUCAAUAUUUGUAACAAAUAGCUUAGUUUAAGAUCUUUAACUGUGGGAAGUUAGUUUUAAUACUUCCCUAGAGAAGAUGGAUACAGCUUUUCUCUCGGCCCACCGAGGGCUGACCCGUCCUGAGUCCAAACAAACCCUCACCUCAUCGGGUAAACCAUCUGGCGGUGACCUGUCCCCUCCACCGAUACCUGUCGGUCAUUCAAUGGCAGAGACACCGGCAGCUGGCGAUGGCAGCAGGAGAAAUUCAGGCUUCAAGAAACACCACCACAAGCACAACCUGAAACAUCGCUACGAAUUGCUCGAGACUUUAGGAAGAGGGACCUAUGGCAAAGUAAAGAAGGCAAUUGAACGGCACUCAGGGAGAGAGGUGGCUAUCAAGUCCAUCCGGAAGGAGAAGAUCAAGGAUGAUCAGGAUAUGGUUCACAUCCGCAGGGAGAUAGAGAUCAUGUCAUCCCUAAAACACCCCCACAUCAUCUCUAUUAAUGAAGUGUUUGAGAACAAGGACAAGAUCGUGAUCGUGAUGGAGUACGCCAGUAAGGGUGAGCUGUAUGACUAUAUCAGUGAGCGCCGGCGCCUGAGCGAGAGAGAGACGCGACACUUCUUCAGGCAGAUAGUCUCUGCCGUGCACCACUGUCACAAGAAUGGGGUGGUGCACAGGGAUUUGAAACUGGAAAAUGUGCUACUGGAUGAAAACUGUAACAUUAAGAUUGCUGACUUUGGACUGUCCAACCUCUACCACAAGGACAAACUGCUGCAGACGUUCUGUGGCAGCCCACUCUAUGCAUCACCGGAGAUAGUCAAUGGAAGACCUUACUGCGGCCCAGAGGUGGACAGCUGGGCUCUGGGGGUGCUUCUCUACACCCUGGUCUAUGGGACCAUGCCGUUCGAUGGAGGAGACCACAAGAACCUCAUCCGCCAGAUCAGCAAUGGAGAGUACAGAGAGCCCACCCAGUCCUCAGAUGCCCGUGGUCUGAUCCGCUGGAUGUUGAUGGUGAACCCAGAGCGGCGAGCCACGGUGGAAGACAUUGCCAACCAUUGGUGGGUCAACUGGGGCUGGAAGAGCAGCGUGUGUGACUGCGAGACCCAGCGGGACAACGGCACCUCCUCUCCCAUGCUUGCCCGCUUCAUCGACUGGCAGAACCGCACAGAGCCCCGGCCGGGCAAACCCACCGCCCUGCUGCCCCUGGUCCUCCGCCAACGCCCCAAGAAGUCCAAGAAAGAGAACGAGGUGGGAGAUGGGCCCCACGGUGGAGGGGAGGGGGAGAAGCCCGGGCUGAAGAGGCCCAAGGGGAUCCUGAAGACCCGGCUGAUGGAGAAGCAGCAUUCGCCCAGCCUGGAGGAGGUGGAGCUGGGGAGCGGUGGAGCGAUGAUGGGCCUCAGGCCAGCCGAGGGAGAACCAGGCUGCUCUAGCCCCGACAGAGAGGAGGAAGAGGAGGAGCCCGCCCUGGCAGGGGGCUCGCCGGCCAAGAUGGUGCCCACCCUUCCCAGGAAGGGCAUCCUGAAGAACAACCAACAACGGGAAUCAGGGUACUACUCCUCCCCGGAGCGCAGUGAGUCCUCCGAGCUGCUAGUGGGUGCCACCAUGUCCCUGGUUGCUGCCUGCAGCUCCCCGCCCAGGAGAGUGGUGGGGAGGAAGGGCAUCUUGAAGCGCAAUGGGAAGUAUUCCACCUACAGCGGCCCUCCCUCGGCUGGUGCUCUCGGGGAACCCUCCCAGGGUGACUCUGGCCUGUCCCGCAGCCAGAGCCGUCCAUCCAGCAUGGUGUUGGAGGAUGGCGUCGUGUCCCCCAGGCUGUCCCCCGACUGGCCCCCCAGAGCCCCACACCGCCCCAACAUCAGGGCGUGUGUGUCAGCCGAAAACCUGCUGCAGCUGGCCAGCUUCAAGGGCUUCCAGGCAGCCCCUCUGCUCCACGGGUCAAAGUUCAGCCGGACCCCCAGAGUGCGGGGGUCCCCGGGGGACAACGGCAGCUUCUCCCUGCUGGGGGAUCUGGACGACAUGACUCAGGUGUACCAGCAAGCCCUGGACAUCAGCAGCAACCUCACCUAGCCGCGGAGGGGAUAGAGGAGGCAGCCAGGUGGCCAGGCUGAGGCUGUAACAUCUGUCUCUGUUGGUGUGUGUGUCUGUGUGUAUGUAUGUGUAUAUACAUGUAUGUGUAUGUAAUUGACGACCAGUGACCCGUAUGUUGCUGGGAUAGCCUACCUAAACCUUUUGGGAGGUUAUAGUUUUCUCACCGGGGUUCAAAUCCUUGUUGGAAACUAUAUUAUACACACACUCAUACAUACAAUACAUGACUAUUAUGCACUUCUCAGGCCAAAGGACAUUCAGUUAGCAGGGUUUUCAAACGAUGUGAGUGGAGUGAAAAAACAACUGGCAUGAGAGAAUUCCGCCCAGCCUUCCUCCUCCAUCCGCCCGUAGACUUUGCUGUGUUCAAAUGUUUACAAGUUCAGCAAAAGGCAAGUUAGAAUCACAUACGCAGCAACCAGAAACUGGUUGGCUCUCGAAGCCAACCAUGAAUUGAGUUUGAGUUUACAAAAGCACCUUAACUCACACAGAGCACAUGUUUUUGUGAUCUUUUACUUCCUGUAAAAAACAAACCAGGGUCUUGCUCCAUAAUAACUGACGAUGUUAAUUAUUUAUUCAUAUUUGCGUAGAUUUAGUUUGAAUACAAAACUGGUGGGUUCUGGCAGUACUGGAAUAGUCCAAAGCUCAAUGUCUCCAACCCUUUGUGUGGAUUGUGGAACUGACAUAUAUAAUUAUUAUGUUACCCAAGAAAGUGAAACAUGUAUACAUGAUAUAUUAAUAUGUAAAACAUGUGGCUAUGUAUAUCACCAUAAAAGCGUAUGUCCUAUAUAUGAGCAUAUGAUAUUAGGGAAUAUGUAGGAAGUGCCUUUUAGGAUCCAAAUUCAAUUAUGUAAGUCAUUUCCUGAAAGUGGAGCGAGAUGGAUGCCAGGCCAACCUGUAACCAUUUGUGCUGUUUUGAUUCUUAUACAUGUGAAUGUGGUGAGAGAGAGAGAGACCCAGGACCUUUUUUAUUUUUUUUAUUUUUUUAUUUUACCAUUAUUUUACCAGGUAAGUUGACUGAGAACACGUUCUCAUUUGCAGCAACGACCUGGGGAAUAGUUACAGGGGAGAGGAGGGGGAUGAAUGAGCCAAUUGUAAACUGGACCCAGGACCCAGACCCAGGACCUUAACGGAACACACUGUGGCCUAUUGCAUUAAUUAGUCACAGGUCAGGGGUCACACAACGGCCUAUAGCUUUACACAGCCACAGGUCAGGGGUCACACAAUGGCCUAUAGCCUUACACAGUCACAGGUCAGGGGUCACACAACGGCCUAUAGCCUUACACAGCCACAGGUCAGGGGUCACACAAUGGCCUAUAGCCUUACACAGUCACAGGUCAGGGGUCACAUAGACAUUAAACAGUAGUUGAGAUGAAACAGUCCCAUCUCCAUCCCAAAAUACACACUGUCAGGAACAAGAACCAAGCCCAGAGAGAUGAGUCUUAAACAAUUAGGCUUUUCGUGCAGUGCUUUCUUGCUUGAUGUGUCAGCAGUUUGAUGAUUUGGUUAAACACCAGGCCUGGUCAGGUCAGCUCGAGGGGUCUGGAGCCUUAGAAGGUAGAUGGCCCAGACACCCUCGCAUAGCCCUGAAAUGUCCCUGGCAAAUAAACAGCCAUGUCUGUGGUUGUUUUGUCUGUAUGCCUGUAGUGCAGUGUUGGAGUUGCCUCUACUGAGGCCUUCUCACUCAAUUGGCAUAACUUGGCUACAGAGUCAUACCAGCUGGAAAUAGCAGAGAAACCCUACAAGUCGUGUACACAAUGCUCAGGUUGUUAUCUGUGGAUAUUGUUAUAGCCUAGUUUAAUUUGUUUAAACCAUCUCCCUCCAACUCCACAAAGGGCUUAGUAGAAGGAUUUGUUUCAGUGCUCUGAUGACACUGCACAUUCCACAGACAAUGGCUGGAGACGUGUUGGUGCGGGAGAUGUUAUCCGCAAUGGGCAGGUGGGUUCUGUGGUCUGUGCUGUCAGGUUUCCAGCUGUGUGUACAGGGCCAUUUUGUCAAAUAAGCACUAUUAGCCAGCUAUUGUUUUUAUUAGAGGGAGGUAUAGUGUAGUAGAGAGAAACAGAAUAAUGGUAGAGGUAGAAAGUAGUAGAGAUUUUAGAGGGAAACAAGUGUUUGAGUGAAAAGAGAAUGUUCUUAGUGAAGGUGAGAUUUGAGAAGCCUUUCCUGUCGGAAAGUGUGAAAGAGUUGAGUUGCUGAGUUGAAGGAAACAGAGAUGUAGACUAGAGAAAGUAACAGAGAAAGUGAGUUCUGAGUAGAAGGAAACAGAGAUGUAGACUAGAGAAAGUAACAGAGAAAGUGAGUUCUGAGUAGAAAGGAAGGAAAUGGAAUGUAUUUUAUUUAAUUUUUUACCAAAUAUGAGAAGAAGCUUCAUUGAUGCAGGGGAUGAAAUGGAUUGGGUACUGUAUGUGCACCUGGAACCUUUAUGAUAGCUGGGAAACCCCAUCUGAAAAUGAAUUCGUUUUUGCAACAAGAAUAGCCUGACAGGCUUUUAUUCUGCUGUCAGUUUUUUGUUAAGAGAUUGUUUUAGGCCAAAUGCUAGAGGCUGGCAAAGCAACUUGUGUCAUGGGCUGAGUGUGUUCUAUGGAGUGUGUUUAAAAUGGCCUUAGUGUGCAACACAUUUAAACUGGGAUGGAGAGGGAGAUCUGUGACUGAUACAUUGAUUAUACUGUAUCAUCAGAAUAUGUGUAUGGAAAACCAUAGCAACAGAAUGAACAUGUUGAAUGAUUUCAAAGGUCCGCUAGUGCAAAGUUCUGGUUAUUGAUUGAAACGACAGACCUGUUCUCUAUUAUAUUGCAUUUUAUUGCCCUUUGUAUUGCCUUUUAUUGUCAACUGGAUUUACAGUGAUGAAAUUAUACUAUGUUAGUAUUUUGUUUUAUUACGCUUCUGUUUUUGAUUCUCCAAAAUAUAGAAACUUUAUAUUGCUUUAUGUUAUGGCAGAAAGUAUUUCUUCCCUGAGUUUGGCCGUAAGAGAUCAGGGGACUGAUCUGAUGUCAGUGAGAUCUCAGUGUUUCCCCUGUUUUUGGUACACCUGAGGGGUCAGAGCAGCUGACCCGAGUUCAGUCAUGUUGCAGAGUGUUUACCUGUGAACUUACAUCAGAUCGAGAGUCAACUUACUAAUACAGCUUGGUGACCCAACCACAGAGAACAGGGCAUUAAACCUACCCCCUUCCAAAGAAAAAGGUACCCAUUGACACCACCCAAUGGGGAAAUGCAUGGGUUAUUAUGAUGAUAGUAAUCUUUCUAAAAUGCUAACACAUAUUAAGCAACACAGAGAUAAACACGUACAUGUAUGUGCCAUCACAUUGACAACCCCUUGUUUGAUCCCAAAGAAGUAGUCAGAGCCCAUCUGUACCAGAGCAAGGAGAUCCGAAACGAAGGAAUGACAUCAGGAGAAAACAAUGGAAAAAAUCUGAUUAAAGUCUCUAUCUGCCUAACUGGAAAGAACUGGUGCAUAUACAUUAGUUAGUAGCAGAAAGUCUAAUCAUAGGAAAACUUGACUGGAUAUUGUUAUUAAGACAGUAAUAAUAGUAUUAUUAUGUUAUUUAAGUAUUAUUUUUGUUGGCUAUUGCCACGGUUAUGAUUUUGUUUUGGUAUCAGUUGAUGAACCUGGACUGCUAAGGUGGUUUAAGUUGAGUGGCGUUGCUAUCUUUUAUGAUCAUGUUUAAUUUUAUGAUAAUGAGAAUUAUUAUCAAGGUGUUUUUUAUACUUGUAUUUAUUGGUGAUUAAGCCAUUUUCAUUUGACGUAUAAAGCUACUCUGUCCAUGAUUUGGCCUGCUUGGGAGUGUGUUGACUGCAUAAAUGGAGAGAUAUCAUUGUCUGGGGUAUAGCAUUGAGGGAGUGAAGAUGACAUUUCAUUGUGAAAGCGUUGGUCAAGUAUACGUUUUGGAGUUACAACCAAUCAGAUUUCAUCAUAUAUGACUAAGUCUUAAGAAAUGUUCUUGGAAGGAACCAAACUUCAUUGAUCCCUCUACUUCAAACCAUGCUUCUGUAGUACUGGACCAAGUCAAAUAAAUGGAUCCCGUUAAAGAA